AAUAAAUGAAACAUGGAAAAUUGGAAAUGGAUUGCAUAAAGAUUGAAAGACCCAAGAACCCGAUUACAAUCAAAAAAUUGCUUCAUUACAAAGUAUGGAGGAUCAAAAAAUUCAUCCACAAUCUUACUGGAGAUGGAGCAAAGAAGAUUUCUUCCCGGAGGAAUCUUUCCGGGACUGGAGUACCUACAGAUACGCCCUGUCCCACACCUAUUCCAGGUUCAAAGAUCGUCUCCUCAGCCGCUCUGAAGAUUCCGACGAGAUUGAGAAGCUAAAAAAGCAGAGUGAGAACGAAAUGAAACGCUGCCUCAACUGGUGGGAUUUGAUGUGGUUCGGUUUUGGUGCAGUCAUCGGUGCCGGAAUCUUUGUUCUUACCGGACAGGAAGCCCACGACAACGCUGGAUCAGCUAUUGUCUUAUCUUACUUAGCUUCUGGACUCUCCGCUAUGCUUUCUGUUUUCUGUUAUACAGAGUUCGCUAUAGAGAUUCCGGUGGCUGGUGGUUCGUUUGCAUACCUCAGAGUAGAACUCGGAGACUUCGCGGCGUUCAUCACCGCCGGAAACAUUCUUCUUGAAUGCAUUCUGGGUGGUGCAGCGGUUGCUCGAUCAUGGACGUCGUACUUCACCAGUCUUCUCAACCGUGAAUCAAACUCUUUACGAAUACAUACGAAUCUCGCAGAAGGAUACAACCUCUUGGAUCCAAUUGCAGUUUGCGUGCUAGCAAUCGCUUCCAUCAUUGCAGUGAGCAGCACAAAAAACACAUCGAAACUUAACUGGAUUGCAUCUGCAAUCAACACCAUCGUCAUCCUCUUCGUCAUCAUCGCAGGGUUCAUGCAUGCCGACACUUCAAACAUGAAACCUUUUGCACCUCAUGGCCCCGAAGGUGUCUUUAGAGCUGCAGCUAUUGUAUACUUCGCUUACGGAGGAUUUGAUACAAUCGCAACCAUGGCGGAAGAAACAAAGAACCCAUCAAGGGACAUACCUCUGGGAUUACUCGGUUCUAUGUCGAUCAUCACUAUAAUUUAUUGCCUUAUGGCGCUUUCGUUAUCCAUGAUGCAGAAAUAUACAGAUAUUGAUCCUAACGCUGCCUACUCGGUUGCAUUUGAAAAAGUUGGCAUGAAGUGGGCUAAGUAUUUGGUGGCUCUAGGUGCGCUCAAGGGUAUGACCACGGUUCUAUUGGUUGGAGCACUUGGUCAAGCUCGUUAUAUAACUCAUAUAGCACGAGCCCACAUGAUCCCACCAUGGUUCGCUCUAGUCCACCCUAAAACAAAAACUCCAAUAAACGCUACUUUAUUAAUCACCAUUUGUAGUGGUUGUAUUGCUUUCUUUUCAAGUUUAGAUGUAUUGGCAAGUUUACUAUCCAUAAGCACACUCUUUGUUUUCAUGAUGAUGGCGGUUGCAAUUAUCGUGAGGAGGUACUAUGUAAAAGGGGUGACACCACGUUCGAGCCUAUUGAAAUUAGUAGGGUUUUUGGUGAUCAUAAUUGGAUCUUCCAUAGGGACUUCGGCUUGUUGGGGGUUGGACCCUAGUGGUUGGGUGGGUUACACCGUUACUGUCCCUUUAUGGUUUUUGGGGACACUGGGGAUCUCGUUGAUGUUGACACAGCAACGGACCCCAAAAGUCUGGGGAGUGCCGUUGGUUCCUUGGAUCCCUGCACUUUCGAUAGCAACAAAUUUGUUUUUGAUGGGAUCAUUGGAGUAUAUGGCGUUUAUAAGGUUUGGUAUUUGUACGGUGAUUAUGUUGAUAUAUUAUGUGUUAUUUGGUCUUCAUGCCACUUAUGACAUGGCACAUCAUCAAUAUGAAAAGGAGCCAAAUGUUAUUGACGAAGAUAGUGUUGGAAAACCCUAGCCAUGGAUCCGACACAACACUCCAAUUAGUCGUUCCAAUUUAUGUUACGUAAGAAUGAUGCUUUAAGUUUUUUAGUGUCUUUAUAUAGUUGUAUACACUUCAACAAAUGUCCCGGAAGUGUAUUUGUGAAUUCAUUGUGCCGAAUUAAACUCUGUAGUUAAAUAUCAUUAGUUAAACAUAUAUAUACUUGAAAUAACGGGAUGGAAUCAAAUGUAACUGUGGUGAUUGAUGGUUAGUCAAAGGUCAAUUAUAUUAGAGUAUAAGGUAUAUAUGGAUCAUGUUGCAUCUCGUUGUUGUUGAGGUGGAGCAUCUUCAACGCCGUUAAGAAGCAUCAACACCCCCCCUCUUGUUGUAUCUAGUUGUGUUGCUUCUUGUUGUGAUCAUGACUAGAUG